UCCACCAUGUUUCAUCUCUUUUAAGUCUUUACCAAAGAUGGAUUCAAGGGUUGCUUACAGAGACAAUCUGCAGGCAAUUUCGUUAGGUGAUGAACGAGUCAAAUAGAUCUCCUCAAAGGACAAGUUAUGAUGCCGUACAAACAAUUGGUUUGCUUACAUGUUUUUGAAGUUGACUUAGAAGCCUUCCUCCCCCCAUCCAGUUGUCAGCAGAAUAUAUCCAUGUCUAAAUGACAGCAGAAAUGAAUCAUCAUUGUUUUGCUUAUUCAAAGGUAUAAAACAUUGGAUCAUCAACUUGCACAUUCUUUUAUCUCCUCAAACUCCAUUCCAAGACCAAGAAAUUCGAAAGGCGAAGCAGAGUUUUAAUCUGCAGAGAAAAUUUUGUGAAAGAUGAGUAACAGUAAGUGGAAGAAGAUUUGGCCAAUUCAUGACAACACAAGGAGCGUUAAGGUCCAGCUUGUGAUUCAUGAUUUGAAAAGUUUGCCGAUACCUUCUUCUGGUUUGACAAAAGAUACCAGUGCUGCUGAGAAUUUGAUUGUCAGGAUAGAAUGGAAAGGUUUGAAAAACGGAAGAGCUUUACUGCCCAAAGGAGCCCCGAAGAAUUGCACGUCAAGGCAGGGGAUCAAACCGGACGGCAGUGUCAACUGGGAUGAAGGGUUUGACCAUGACUGUAAGAUCAAAUUGAUGGAUGAUUCCCAGAGUUUCAAAAGCUGGUUCAUACACCUUGAGGUUCAAGAAAUGAAUCAGAAAACGAAUGCUUCAACUUCGGUGCUCGCCAAAGCUGAGAUUGAUAUAGCAGAAUUUGUAUCAGCAACUACAUCCAAGAGCACAAUCAGUUUACCAGUCAACUGCACUUUCAGAGGCACUACAGCAGAAGCAACCUUGACCAUGGAACUCAACUUCUUCGACGUCCAAAGCAAGGGGAGCAAUGGGUCAGUGUACCCACUAGCUUCAUGCAUGAGGCUUCCUCAACAUCAUCGGAAAACAUCCAAAGACUUUGAUGAUCGUCCAGAGAAGAAUGAAGCUAGCACGUCUACAUCUCCUCCCAAGCACUCAAUUGAUUCCUCUGCAAUAUCACAAGCCGAGGAGGAGCCUGCACUAGGUUACAGGAAUCUGACUGCAACAAAUAUCCUCCUUGUAGACCUCGAGAAUACCAAGACUGAAAGCGUCAAACAAGGUAAAAGGGAACAACUCCCAGCGGAUCAGCAGAUUAAAGCACCUCGUGCCAAACUGAUCAGACGCCUUUCAUGGAACAGAAAAAAACCGCUGAACUUCAGAAGCCUUAGUCAUCCUAGAGACACCCCACUGCUGAACAAAAGCAAUGGUGAAGGUGGAGGGGAUGAUAUCGACAACGACCGACGCUACCAAUUGAUACCCCCGGAACAAAAUCCAGUUCAAGACAACACUACUAAAGUCAGCAACAAUGCCUUCCAGGAUUCUGAGUUUGCAGGCAGUGACCGGUUUGAGAUUGGGGAUUGGGAAGAAAAAAAAUUGGUAAGCAGAGAUGGAAAAAUUGAACUAGAUGCCAAAGUAUUCCUUGCUUCUAUUGACCAGAGGAGUGAAAAAGCUGCAGGCGAGAGUGCCUGUACAGUUCUUGUUGCCGUGAUUGCUUACUGGCUGCACCAAAAUCCAAGAACCCUACCACUGAAAUGCGAACUGGAUAAACUAGUACGGGAAGGCUCUUCAGAAUGGAGAAAUCUCUGCGAAAAGGAGAUUCACUGGAAUACAUUUGCAGACCGGCAUUUUGACCUUGACACUGUGUUACAGGAAAAGAUACGACCACUAUCUGUGGUUACAGAGAAGUCGUAUGUAGGUUUCUUCAAAGUCAGUGAUAACACUGAGCACCUAGAGUAUAUGCAAGGUGCUCUGUCUUUUGAUGAUAUAUGGGAGGAGCUCCAGAAAAAUGAAGCAACUUCGGAAGAACAAGUUUACAUAUUGAGCUGGAAUGACCACUUUUUUGUUCUGAAGGUAGAAGCUGAAACAAUUUACAUAAUUGACACGCUAGGGGAGAGGCUGUACGAGGGCUGUGACAAAGCCUACAUUCUGAUGUUCAACAAAGAUAGUAGGAUCUCAAGAAUUCUGCCAAAAGAAAGCACCGGAAAUACGAAAACAAAGGAUAAGGCGGAGACUAAUGGGAGAUCUAAGGAAAAGGCAGAGACUAAGGCAAAAUCAAAGGAAAAGGCAGAGACUAACACAAAGUCAAAGGAGAAGGCAGAGACUAACGCAAAAUCAAAGGAUAAGGCAGAGACUAAUGUGAAAUUAAAGGAAAAGGCAGAGACUAAUGCGGAGGCUGCUGGCAGACAAGUGGGCGACCAAACUCCAAGAGAAAUAAUAAGUGAAGGAAAAGCUGCUUGCAAAGAUUAUAUCAAGGAAUUUCUAGCAUCUCUUCCACUGAGAGAACUGCAAGAAGAAAUUGAAAGAGGUGGGACGGUACAAUCUUCGCUACAUCACAGGCUGCAAAUUGACUGCCAUUACACUGCUCCUUGCACUUAGAUUUAUAUUUACACAAUUUUAAUAACUUGAAUGGGGAAACAUUUUUAUGACACUGCUGGAAUUUUGGUUCUUUCAUACCAACAUCAUAAUCUAUCACCUAUACUAAAUUGUAUUCUCAUACUUAGCGAAUCUGCUAAAUCAUUAUGGUCUCUUAGCAGUCAACUAUUUACUGAUCAUCAGUAGUAAACCGACCGACCAUGUCUUUGACGGAAGUCAACUAGCAAUACGUUCAAACCCUCUAGGCCUCUACGAAAACCAUAAUGCAACCCCAAAAUGAAACACAACAGAUCCUCAUAUCUGAAAUCAAUUCUAUUAACAGUACUGUCUUUUCCACAGUUUCUUGGCAUGUAAAUGCCUAUUUUUUCAUAUACAACUAGAUUUCAAUGAAGAUGUUGAAAACUACCGUGUUUGGCUAAAAUAGUUAUUCUUCGCAAAGAUUUAUACACCAUUAA